AUGGCAGCCGUGUCAGUCCCCAAUGGGGAAGUAAAAUUGGAGAAGAAGCUCGCAGAUAUCAGCCUGGGAGAAGACAAAGCCAAUGAUACAACUGGCACAGCGACUUCUUCUGUUGCCGCCUCACUUCGAGAAAAGCCUGCUGGGCCAUUGAAGACCCCAAUCGUCGAUCCAGUCGAAUCUGCCGUUCCAGACCCUCCCGCAACCCUCACAGCCGACCAGCAAUCCAAAUACGAGUCGUUAUUAGAGACUGUCAAGUCAUGGGAGGAAGUGCCGUCUACAACAGGGAAAAAUGGGCCUGUGACCGAGGAUGAGAUCAUGUGGUUGUCGAAAGAAUGUCUCCUACGAUAUCUUCGCGCUACAAAAUGGCACACCGCAGACGCAGCAAAGCGUAUACUGGGCACACUCACAUGGAGGCGUGAAUAUGGGGUUGACGAUCUGAGUGCAGAUGCAAUUUCACCGGAGAACGAGACGGGAAAGCAGCUUAUUUUGGGAUACGACAUUGCGGCUAGACCAUGCCAAUAUCUCAAUCCGGGCAGACAGAAUACGGAACCCAGCCCGCGGCAGGUACAGCAUCUGGUAUUUAUGGUGGAACAGUCAAUUCAGUUAAUGGUACCUGGACAAGAGACAUUGGCUUUAUUGAUCAACUUCAAGAGCUCGAAGAGCAGGUCAAAUACAGCACCCGGGAUUGGACAGGGUAGGGAGGUAUUGAACAUCCUUCAGACACAUUACCCGGAGAGGUUGGGACGGGCUUUGAUCAUAAAUGUCCCAUGGGUCGUCUGGGGUUUCUUUAAAUUGAUCACGCCGUUCAUUGACCCAUUGACUAAGGAGAAGUUGAAGUUCAAUGAUAACAUGCGGAAUCAUGUUCCACCUCAGCAGUUGUGGAAAGAGUUUCAGGGCGAUCUUGACUUCGAAUAUGACCACGAUGUCUACUGGCCGGCGCUUAUAAAGCUCUGUGUAGAGAAACGCUCCGAGCAACGAGCACGUUGGGUGAAGGCAGGAAAGCAUUAUGGAGAGAGCGAGGUGUACAUGAGGGGAGGAGAUGCUCCAAGUGUUGGAUCAGUAACGGGCAAGGAGGCAGGUGAUGUGCCAGACAAUACUUCAGAGAAGGGAAAGGAGGCUGAAGUACCGGUGAAGGAAUAA